AUGCUACCAAAUUAUAUUUUAAAGAUAAUAAUAAAAAUAAUAUGCAAUCAUAUAAAUUACCAUAAUAAAUCAUUGAAAUUCGAUAGCCGCAAAAAUGAUGAACCAAAUAAACAAUUAACUCUCAACCUAGCACUCGUAUCACAUUUAUUUUUUGAUACAGUAUCAUCAUUAUUAGAUGUUUCAGUUAAUUUUAAUUAUGACCCAAGCUUUUAUUCUUUUAUAAAGGAUCUAGUAGAGAAAAAAGUUGAGUAUGUGGAUAGUUUGCCAAGUUAUAAUAGUAAUAUCCAGUGUAAUAAUAAUAAUAAUAAUAAUAAUAAAUAUUCAAUAAUUAAAAUUGAAAAUGUUAAAUCUAUAAGAUUAGACUAUAUUUUUUUAUUUGGGGAUUCAUACUUUUGCUACCAAAUUUAUGAACCAAAUCAAAUUGGUAGAGGGUUUAGGCUUAUAAAGUUUUCAUUGUAUUCAGAAAUUUUCAAAAAAAUAAAAGAAAUAAAGCAAUUAAAGAGAAUUUUAAUUAGAAAUUUUACAAAUAGAUGCGCAAACUAUAGCUUCAAAAUUGAUGAUUUAAUUCAAAUGGGUUAUAAGAAUAUUCAAUUUUCAGAAAUAUGUAUUUUACAAGACUCUAAUCUUAAUGACAUCAAACCAAUUAAAAAAAUUAACUCUUUAAUAAUAUAUUCAAACUUUGGCGAUGGUGUUUAUGAUUCGGUUAAACAAUUUGAAAAGAAUUUAGAAAGAUUGGUUUUCAAAUCUGAAAAACCACCAAUUAAACAACUAGCAGGUAUACAUGUAGAUCAAAGCAAAGAUAACUUUACGGUAGAUUAUAAACAUUCAUCAGCUAUCCAGGGUAUAAAUUAUUUUAGAGGUAUUAAAAAUAUUGUUUUAGAGUCAAUAGUAAGCUUUGAUAAUUUAAAUACUAUAAUGGAGUGUACACCAUGUUUAUUAGAAUUGAAUUUUACAGUUUGCUUUAACCAUUUAAUAUUUUCUUUAUCAAGUGAAGAUAAUCUUAAGCAAUUGGGUUACAAAUCAGACUACUAUUGCAUUGGUGGAUGUUGUGAAGAAAGAACACAAGAUGAAAAAAGAGAAAAAUCAAAAAAAAAAAAACAAGAUGUUUUACAGUAUUUUCCACUUCUUUUAGAAUCUUCAAAAAACAAUACGACAAUUACAAAAAUCGUUCUCAAUCACAACUGUAAAGUAUUUCCAAAGAGAAUGGAUUCUUCCGAUGUAAUCAAUAAUAAGCAUAUGGAUAGAAGAUAUUCAAGUUUUUUAGAGAGUUUUACAAAGUUUAUAAUAUCACUACCAUUACUGGACACAUUAAUAAUCAAUGGUAUCAACAACCCAAUAAUAUUCAAAUAUUUAAUACAAACUCUAAAAAACAAAAAUAUACAAAACUAUCAUCAAACCCUUGGUUUUAGUUGGUUACCAUUCGAACAAAAAUACAAUAAAGUUUUUGAUAUUUUGGUAAAAGAAAAUGAACAUAUUAAAUCAUUUAAAUACUAUAGCCAAGCAAUUAGAGGAUACGACGUAGAAUAUUAUUAUAAUUAUAAUAAAGAAUAA